AUGAAGGUGUUGGUCUUGGCCGUGGUGCUGCUCUGCGUGUGCAGCUUGGAAGGUGCUGUGGUGAAGCGCGACGCAGAAACCCCAGGCUCCAGCCUCCCGGAUGUCUUCACCCAGUACUUCCACACGGUGUCUGAAUACUUGAGCAAGCAGUUGCCGGAGAAGGCGAAGACCGAGGAGCUAAAGACCCAGGCAAAGGCUUAUCUGGAGCAGGCCAAUGAGCAGCUUUCGCCUAUCGCCAAGCAGCUGCACGCCGAAUUCGUGGACCUCCUCACCAAGCUGCUGGAGACCGGGAAGAAGGCUGUGCAGUGA